UUUGGUUAAGCUACCUCUCAAGAAUUUGCGCACGUGCAAGAUUGUUUACAGUAGUACCAGCAAGCUUCAGGUCAGCAGAUAAAUUUUCAAAAAUCCUCUCUCUACUUCAGUGGGAAUGUACAUGUUUUAGAAAAAAAAUAUUUGAGCAAUUUGCUUGAGAUUCCAUUGAUAACUGUUCAUAUACUUAUCUUGGCUUACCUUUGUUGAUUAGGCGAAAUAAGAAAGAGAUAUUUACUUUUGUCAUCGAUAAAGUUUGGCACAUAAUGCAGGGUUGAAAAAGGAGAUUGUUGUCUAGGGCAGGGAAGGAGGUGUUGUUAAAGUCUAUUGUUUAAGUAGUUCCAUUAUAUGUAAUGGGUGUCUUUCUUUUACCUAAAGGCAUCUGCAAUAGACUGGAAAAUAUGAUGAAUGGAUAUUGGUGGUCUAACGGUUCUAACACUGGCAGUAUUCGAUGGUAAUGCUGGUAUGCUAUAUGUGCUAGGAAGGAUAGGGGUGGUCUUGGAUUUCGAAAGGUCUAUGAAUUUAACUUAUCCAUGUUGGCAAAGCAAGGGUGGAGGUUGCUCACAAAUCACACAUCUUUGAUGUCUCAAAUUUUAACAGCCAAAUAUUUUUCCUUCAUGCUCUUUUUUUUGCAAUCUUCUUUGGGUUCCAAUCCCAGUUAUAUUUGGCGAAGUAUUUGGGAAUCAAAGUGCAUUUUGAAUCUUGGGAUAUGUAGACGAAUGGGUGAUCGUUGUUCUACUAAUGUUUGGAUUGAUAAUUGGUUACUAGACAGUGCUAGUCAAUAUCUUUCUACUAAUUAUAUAGCUGGAUUUGAACAUUUAAUGGCUCAUGAUUUCAUUUAUAUACCCACUAGAACUUGGAAUAUGGGGCAUCUUCAACGAGUGUUUGAUGCUCAGGAUGUUCAACGAAUAAUUCAAAUUCCAUUGAAUUCAGCAGGGGGAGUUGAUUUUUGGAUGUGGUUAAGGUCUCGCAAUGGAUAUUAUUUUGUCAAAAGUGGAUAUUGGACUGUUUGUAAUCAUGGUUCCAAUUUUGUCUCGCCAUCUUCAAUGUCAGAAUCCCUGUGGAAAAGAUUUUGGAAUGUUAAAAGUGUCACUUAAAGUAAAGCUGUUUAUGUGGCGCUUUAGCAAAAGCAUUCUUCCAGCUAAGGAUAAGCUAAUUACUUGUCGUGUUGAUGUGCAUUCAGAUUGUCCGGUUUGCGGAUCCCAUGAUGAGUCGUUGCUGCAUCUUUUCUUUGAAUAUUCACUUUCUCUUCAACUUUGGGAUUCAAUGGGCAAAGAUUGGGGACCUGUGUUGUCGAGUUUGGAAUGGUUGGUUGAGGUUCAGGUGUUGUUGUGGCAUGGGUGGUGCACAAUCAUGAUGGGUUUUUCAGGCUGGGAGUAUGAGAUUUUAUCAGGCUUCAUGUUCAAUGAGUUGUGGAGGUUCAUGGAGCCGUGGCUUUGGGACGCAGCUAGAACGCGCAAGUCUCCUUCAUGGCUAUAUGAAACUGAGACUGCCAUGACCAUGGUGAUUCCCUUCUGUCGUCUGGGACGAUGGAGUUAUGAGCAGCCAUUGGUGGAUUUGUGCAUUUGAAGCUCAACCAGUUCUAUGUUGAAGUCUGCAUGCGAGUGGAUCUUCUUCUUCCAAUCAGUGGUUGCUUUGCUUUCUCUAUGUGUGUUUGGGCCCUUUUGAAGUUAGUAGCCGAUGAUUGAUAAUGGUUUCUAUGUUUCUGGGAUGCUUUUUCAGUUAUGCUUUAUCUGACUGCUAGUUUCAGUGUUCCAUCAUUUCCGAUGGUUUUUUCUGGUGGUCGGAAAUAUUCCCCUAAAUUCUAUGUGCUAUGGGGAGGAUGGGUUGGCUUUCUUUGUU